GAAUGGCACUCUCACGCUCCCUCUUCUUAUGCUACAUUCUCUGCACAGACAUAGUUGUGCCGGACAAUCCAGUGGUAGAGCUUGUAGUUACUCCGGACUACCCGGUGGCAGUGGGACAGAAGGUCAGCCUGAACUGCAGAGAACAAAGCUCCAAUUACACCUCCAAUUACACCUUUUAUUUCCAACGGAACGAAGAAGGUAUAUGGACGGAAGUGGCCGAGGGGACCAAUCGCACCCUGAGCGAGCCUCAGCAGAGCGGCCUGUACCGCUGCUUCGCUCAAAGGAAUGAAAACAGGUGGUUCAGUCCCAACCACACGGUCUAUAUCGUCUCCAUUCAUCCCUUCAUUGCUGGUCAAGAUAAUGUUGGAAUAGCUGCAUUGACUCUCUCUCUCCUGGCCCUGAUCAUAAACAUUACCAUUGUGUUUUGGCUGUGCUGGCAAAGGCCCAGAGACGUGGAAAGUGCUGCCGACACGGAAUCGAAAGGGUUUCAGAGGUCUGGAAAGGAUACAAAGGGAGGGCUUCCUCAGGUCGAAAACGAUGGACAGGUUUACAUGAAUUACUCCAACACAAACCUGACCUACACAGAUCUGGAUCCCACAGGGGUGAACCCAGAAAGCACUUACUCGGUUCUGCCAUGAACACAGAAAAAUAUAGAUUUACAAUCACUUGAAUAAACCCACUAUGUGAUUAAGUACAAUCUUCAUGUUGUGCUUCGUGUUGUCAAGCUGGUCACUACAGUACGGAGCCACUAAAGGGAGAUGAAAGAAAAGAAAAAAAAGGAAAAAACAAUUGACGUAGAAAUAAAAAG